UGUGCAGAAUUUGACACCGUAACCCUCAAAGCAAAGCCAUUUCUCUCUCUACUUACCCUACCACCCUACACAACACAGAAUUCUCUUGUUUCACUCACGCACCCCCCUCCCUUCUUUUACUCGUGUUUCUCCUUCUUCAAUACACCCCCUUUUGUUAACUUAAUCUCCCCUCACUCUCAAUGUCUAUUUCAUCACUCACCAUUCCUUUCUUCUCCUCUCUUGUUCCCCUUUUACCACCUUAACCCUUCCAUGUUUCUUUUUUUCUUUCUUUCUGGUUUCUUCAUAAUUUGAUUUGUUUUUGAGAUGGGAUCAAUAAGGCGCAUGAUAUGGAAUGAAGAAGAGAAAACAAUGGUUGAAGCUGUUCUUGGUGCUAGAGCUUUGGAUUUUUUGAUAAAUAACUGUUUAUCAAAUGAGAGUGGAUUGAUUGCUGUUGGUGAAAGUGUUGAUUCUCUUCAAAACAAACUCUCUGAUCUUGUUGAAAAUUCUUCAUCCAAUUUCAAUUGGAAUUACGCGAUUUAUUGGCGACUUUCUAAGUCAAAAUCUGGUGAUUACGUUCUUUGCUGGGCAGAUGGGUGUUGCAGAGAACCAAACGAAGAAGAAGGUGGUGGUGGUGGAGUUAGAGAAACUAUGAGUCUUCGCAUAGAGGAAGAAAAAAAAGAAGAAGAAGAAGAAGAAGAAGGAAUGAAACAAAGUAUGAAGAAGUGGGUUUUGCAGAAGUUGCAUAAAGCUUUUGGUGGUUCAGAUGAAGACAAUUACGCUUUUGGCCUUGACCGUGUAACCGACACAGAGAUGUUCUUUUUAGCUUCUAUGUACUUCUUUUUCCCGAAAGGGUAUGGUGGACCCGGUAAGUGUUUCGCUUCUGGUAAACAUUUGUGGUUCAAAUCUGUUUCUGAUUACUGCUUUCGUUCUUUCUUGGCUAAAUCUGCUGGUAUUCAAACUGUUGUUUUAGUACCUACUGAUUUUGGUGUUGUUGAGUUGGGUUCUGUUAGAUUGUUACCUGAAAUCUUUGAUUUGUUAAACAAAAUCAAAUCACUGUUUUCAAUUUCAAAACCAUUGUAUCCUAAGGUGGUCAAUGAAGAAAGUUCAGUUUCAAUUCCAAAACUUGUUUUGAAUUUGAACAAUGGUCGUACACAUUUUAGGGAGAAACUUGCCAUUAGGAAAAUGGAUAGUAAUAAUGUUAAUAAUAAUAAUAGCAUUAACUUUCCUAGUGCUAGAAAUGGUAUUUGUGGUUCUAGUUGGGGAGUGAAUCAAGGUCAAGGUGAAAUUUUUGCUUCUAAUGGUGUUAGAAAGGAUUUUAGGCUCAACAACAAUAAUAGCAACUACCAACCACAAAGGCAGAUGCCAAUGCAAAUUGACUUUUCGGGAGCAAAUUCAAGGGCUAAUUCUGUGAGACCGGUUAUUGCUGAAUCGGAACUUGUUGCUGAUGUUGAGGCUGAUCAACCUAGUGAUGAAAGGAGACCUAGGAAGCGCGGAAGGAAGCCUGCUAAUGGAAGGGACGAACCUCUAAACCAUGUGGAGGCAGAGAGGCAAAGGCGCGAGAAGCUUAAUCAGCGGUUUUAUGCCUUAAGAGCUGUUGUACCGAAUAUUUCCAAGAUGGACAAGGCAUCUUUACUUGGUGAUGCUAUUGCUUACAUCAACGAGCUUCAAGCAAAACUCAAGAUCAUGGAGUCAGAGAGAGAAUCAUUUGGAAGCAGUACUUCCAGGGAUGGAUUGGCCAACUCGAGAUCAGAAAAUCGUCAUCAGAAUACUAGAGUUCCUCCUCCGGAUGUGGAUAUUCAAGCUUCUCAAGAUGAGGUAAUCGUAAAGGUGAGCUGUUCUCUUGAUACUCAUCCUGUUUCGAAAGUAAUCGAAACAUUCAAAGAGGCACAAAUCAGUGUUGUAGAGUCGAAACUUGCUGCUGCAAAUGAUACUAUCUACCAUAAUUUUGUAAUUAAGUCAGAAGGAUCUGAACAGCUUACCAAGGACAAGUUGAUUGCAGCAUUUACCCGAGAAUCCAACUCCUUACAAACCCAAACUUUGUCCAUAUAGGCAUGAUAAAUAGAGAAGGAACCAAUUUCUAAAGCUUCUUAAGAAUUUUUUGUUGUGCAGCUGAAGAUCUUAAGAGCAAAGCAGUUUGAAUUAGAGGUGUAGAAUGAUACAUAGCUCCUAUUAACCAACCGUGUAGGGCAACAAAUUUAUGUUUGUCUAUAGUAUACACAGUUUAAUUAUCAGAAAUAUUGUUCCUGCAAUGUCCAUUGUUUUAUUUAGUUCAACCAAUGUAAUUGACAUGUUCAAAGGAUUUAUGUCUUUCUAUGAAAUUGUUUCUCAAGUUCUAAUUUU